GUUCCGGAUGCCGGAGACGUUCGUGAUGUCUUCGCUGUCGGGGGUCGGGUGGACGGUUGUCUGUCUCCUGCUCUGGACGAGGACGGCAGCUCACUGUGCGGAGGUGCGUUGCUCCGUGGCACCGGUGGGGGCGCUGCACCCUGUUCAGGGUCUGCUGGAGAGGUUCGAGGCGGGACCGGGCUGCGCUGCCAGAGAACAAGGAAACAAGGAAACUCACGUCAUUGCAGUGGGGAGAGUAGCAAACAGCCCCGAAAACAAGGUGACGGUGUUGCUGAAGCCUUUGUUCCUGCACCCCUCACCCCUCAGAGCCAUCCACCUGCUGCUCAGCUCCAAGCUCCCCGUCACCUGGUGGCUGCAGGCGGAGAGACUGCCCCCCAACCUCCCUUUGCUGGUGCAGGUAUCCUCAAACUCCAGCGUGCAGUCCCUCACCCUGCGUCUGAAUGUCCAGACGGUGCAUUCUCUGCCUUUUGGUCCACGUGCGCUGCACCGCUGGGCUCUGAGACACCAUGGCAACCUGUCCUCUCUGACAUACAUGACACAUGGCAACCGAGUCUACGUCCCACUGGGAGAGGAUCCAAUGCUGCCUGCUGUGUGCCAGUUGCAGUCCUUGUUCCUCUCGCCCAACUACAUGACCUCGGAGCUGCAGCCGCAGGGAGUGCAGGGCUGCGCUGACGCCUCAGCGGGGGGGAUCAGCCCCGAAGUCCACGUGAUCAAGCUGCAUUCAGCGGGCUCCGGGCUCUGUGGCUCUCUCCAGGUGGAGGUGAUCGUCUCUCUUGUGCCCCUGAAGGCUUCAAAGAUCCAGACGGUUGUUCUGAUCCUCGGCAGCUCUGUGCCGGUCAACUGGGCCAUUGUUGCUCCUGGUGUCCGGGGUCAUGUCUCUGUUCAUUCCUCCAACAGUGUCUCCCCUCCUUACCCCCCUGAGCCUGGCCUUACCCUGUCCAGUACCCUGAACUCUGACCUGUCCACAACAUCGGACCUGCUUGUGUGGGCCAAUGAGAGAGGCUACACCACGGUGACCUCAUACACCGAGGCUGACCUGGCCAAUCGCUUUGUGAUCCGGCUGGCUGGGGGCAGGACAGACGUGGCUGGGGGGAGGAACCCGCUGGUUGGGAGGCCUCCGUGGGCCGAGGAGCGCAGGCUGAGGCAGUGGCUGAACGGAGGAGGCAGACCGGGGGGGGGGAGGCGGAGUAUCACGGUGCAGUGUGAGGACGGACGCCUCAGCGUGAGCGUAGACCAACACAUCCUGCAGAGUUUGUCUGUCCCGGUGGCCGCCGUGACUCUACGAGACUCAGCGUGCCAGGCCCAGUCCAACGGAAGUCACUUCCUGUUGGCGUUCCCAGUCAUUUCCUGUGGCACUGAGGGUCUGCUCCUGGGACGGCCUCGAAGGGUGAAGUACACAAACACGGUGUUAUUAUGGAGGGAUCAGCCUCAGGCCAUUCUGGAGCUCAGUGAGACAGAGAUGAAGUCCAAAAAUCCGCUGGCCGUACAUUUCAGCUGUACUUCUGGAGUCCACGAAUCUGCUGACGGGGAUGUUGUCGAUGUAAACAGUUCUCAGGCGGGGCCGAUCCCCUGGGCACCAGAAGACCCGGGACCUGAUCCAGGACUGAGCCACCUACCGACACCCAGACGCAGAUCCGGGCCUGUUCUUAGUUUGAAGCUCUUUGUCACCGAGAGCUACAAGCAGAGGCGGAUCGGCCCCUGUGUCAUAACUGCAGACCACCGAGUCUAUGUUGAGAUUUCAGCCAAAGGGCCUUCCAUCGAUGUUGUGGAGGCGAAGUCAUGCGUGGUCGCCCCUCUGUCGGACCCCAAAAAGUCUAAUUUCUGGACCGUCAUAAGCGGCGGCUGCUCCUCGGACCCCUCCCUGACCCUCGUGGGAAACGCAGCCGACGAAAAGGAUGAAGAGGCCGAAAGAGAUGCGGAACUGGAAGAGGAAAAGGAAGAGACAGAUGGACUGGAGAAAGGCAGAGACAGAGAUGUCUCAUUGCGACGUAGUGUUGAGAAAAGAUGGAGAGAAGCACCAGAAAGGAUGGAAAAAAGUAGCACAAAUGUGGGAGAGAAGGAGGAGGAGGAGGAGGAGGACAUCCAGCCGUUAAGAUUUAGUUUUAUCCUGCGACCUGUUUAUAAUAACUCAGUUCAGUUCCUGCACUGCAGCCUCCGCCUGUGUCUCUCUGAGGAGGAAAGAGGGGAACCCACGAAGGAAGACGGGAGGAAUAACUGUCAGGGUGGGCUGCGUAUCCCUCCACUUGGAUCUAGAUCUCCAGGACAUCAGUGUGAGAUCAGAACCCUGUCCAGGCCCAUGGUGGUCACCCGGCCGAUUAGUUCACUAGGACCCAAACUCCCGAGCCCCCCCGCUGGACCAAGAACCAAGAGACUGAGCGCCCCCCCGCUGAACAGUCCAGACCCACAGCGCAGCAGUGCCCUGAUGCAGACAGGUCCAGUGACAGGACUAGUCUUCGCUGCCUUUGUGAUGGGGGUCGGUCUGAUGGGGGGUCUGUGGUGCAUCUGUCAUCACACAGGUCCACGUACAGCAGCACUUGGAAGAGAAAGUCAUUUUACAGACACGCACACCCAUGAAGGCGUCAACAUCUGGACUCCACCGUCCCCGUCGGAUCGGUCGUCCAGCUCGGUGUAGAGGAUUUCCUGCAAAUCAAAGGAAGGAGAACUGGGACAGCUUGGUGUGUGUGUGUGUGUGUGUGUGUGUGUGUGUG